UCCCGCUGGUCAGUCCCAUGGCCACCUCGCCUUCUUCCUCCACGCCGGUCGGCGGAUCGCCUUUUUCCUCGUCCCCGCCGUUCAGUCGCACGGCCACCUCGCCUUCUACCUCCACGCUGGUCGGCGAAUCGUCUUCCUCCCCGCCGGUCAAGUUAGUCGCCACUAAAGAAAAUACGUCGGUUUUGACGGAAAGACCGAGGAGGAAGGGUCGACGAAAUAGAAGAGACACUCCCACCGCCGUCAUGUUCCCGCCGGGAUCUGUUGAGGGCAGGCAGCAGCCACAAGAGAGGAGGUCAUCCCUGCCGGUAAAGAUCAGAUAUUCUAAUACAAAGCAGAGGAUGGCACUCUCCCUGUCUCAGCCGGUGGAUCAGGUCGGAGGCAGAUUCUCUGCACUUGUGGAUUUGCCUGAUGAGGAAAAGUCAUCUUCCGAUGAGGGUUCAGAGACUUAUGACACAGACCAUGUUUUGGCCUGGAGAGAUCCCGGUUUGCCUACACCAGUUUAUGUCAGAAUGGAUAGUUCAGGAGUUUUUUACACAUAUCCUACUCUGGGUGAUAAGCCAUUGCAGAGUCUUGAAGAAGUUGCAAGUGCUGUUGAUUCCUAUGCUCGUCCCAAUAGCAAUGCCAUGUCUGAUAAGGAGCUUUCAGAGAAGGACCGUGCUGUACGUGAACGUCUUUACUUUCCAGAUGGCACCCCGAAGGUCUACACAAGGGCUAAAGUAGUGGAGAGGGAACGUGACAUACUUCGGAGACUGGUUGAAGCUUUACUGGACAAGCGGAAUGACGAUGAGGAUCGUGUGUAUGAACUCGAAAAAUUGUUCAUUGGCAAUCAAUCUGCGAAGGUGUCGAAUGGUACUAUCAUCUCAAUAUCACUGUGAAGACCAAAGAAGCUGCCAAUGAUGCGGGCAGCACCAGUCUAUUCUUCGUUGAAGUCGCACGUGAUUCGAAUGAUAUCACAGGAUAUUAUAUCAACACUUUCUCCAGGGUUGACACUGACGGCCAGGAUCGUGGAGCUACCUGCAAUGGCUGUAUAAACAAUGAAAGUGAUGGUAUGAAGCACCCGCGUGCUGCUUCAUUCAAAGGCGGCCACAUGAACAUCCGUUUCCCACUUGGUUUUGGUCCCUGUAAUGAGAAGCAGUGGGCCGACUCCCGUCACAGUGAAGCUCAGUUUAAAGAAAUGCUAAAAAAAGGAGAAAAGGAUAAGAGACCAUUUUGAGUUCCUUGAAAAUGCUGAACAUCUGCGCCGCAAACAUCUUAAUUAUCGACAUGAAUAUCAAAUAAAUCUCCAGUCGGAUGAAGAAUUUGCCUCUGAUUCAGAUGAAGAGUGAAGAUGUCCCUGCCUAUUAUCACCUGUUUUCAUUUAUCAGUAGAUUGAACUCAGUGGAGCUUUCGAGUAUUUGAACUUGUUACCAAGUUAAACACCCGACUUAAUCUUAGCUAUUAUGACGUUUGUGUGUAAUGUCAUAUGUGAACAAGGCUGGAAGGCUUGUCCAAUUUCUUUUGUGUUCUUUAUUUACCCUGUCUGGAAUAGUAGCUUAUUUGCAUACCACCACAAGCUGUUCAAGCAUCGAGAC